UAGAAAUGCAUCGAGACACAAUCAUUGUGUAAAAUGUCAGAGGUGAAUCUGGUUGUGUUCACACCUUUCUUUCUUCACUUUUUCAAACCCUAAUUCUGUUUAUACCCAAAUUCCUUUAUAGUUUCGGCUCCUUAAAUCUCAGCCUUUAUCGUUUUUAAUCUCUCCAAAUCUAUGGUAGUCUCAGCUCUAUCCGCCCAAAAAAACCCAAUUUUUCUCUGCUAUUCGGAAUUCGUUUUCCUCUGAAAUGAAUACCGGCGACAAUUGCAAUCGGCGAAUGGAGGAGGGAUUUUCCAAUCAGAACGACGAGGAGAGCUGUUGCAGUGAUCGUGAAACCAAGAAGCAAGACUUGAAUUGUAUCGUCGAGCAGAACGAUGAAUCCCACGAAGAGAAAUCGGUUACUGAGUCGACUCGUAAGAAGAAGACCCGAACCGUGCUUGAAUUACAGUCCGAUUCGCAAGAUUAUUGCUCCGAGAUCGAAGGCACCGACCGUGUAAAGCGGAGGAAAUCCCUCGUCAGGGAGGCCGCCGCCAGCGGACAGGGACAACAGAGGCGGUUAUGGGUGAAGGACAGGUCGAACGCGUGGUGGGACGAGUGCAGCCGGCCCGAUUACCCUGAAUCGGAGUUCAAGAAGGCGUUCAGGAUGAGCCGGUCGACUUUCGAGCUCAUCUGCGAGGAGCUGAACGCCGUCGUCGCCAAGGAGGACACGACGUUGCGGAACGCCAUCCCCGUCAAGCAGCGGGUUGCGGUCUGCAUCUGGCGGUUGGCGACCGGCGAGCCGCUCCGGCUCGUCUCGAAACGGUUCGGCUUAGGCAUCUCCACGUGUCACAAACUCGUCCUCGAAGUCUGUGCGGCGAUACGCAACGUCCUGAUGCCCAAGUAUCUACAGUGGCCGAACGACGACGGAUUGCGGGGGAUCAAACAGGAGUACGAGACCACGUCCGGGAUACCGAACGUCGUCGGAUCGAUGUACACGACGCACAUUCCGAUCAUCGCGCCGAAGAUCAGCGUGGCGGCGUAUUUCAACAAGAGACACACGGAUCGCAACCAGAAGACGUCGUAUUCGAUCACCGUACAGGGCGUCGUCGACCCCAACGGCGUCUUCACCGACGUGUGCAUCGGCUGGCCCGGUUCGAUGACCGACGAGCAGGUCCUGGAGAAAUCAGCGUUGUUCCAGAAGGCAAAAAACGGUGGUUUGUUGGACGGCGUCUGGAUCGUCGGAGGCUCCGGUUAUCCAUUAAUGGACUGGGUUCUAGUCCCUUACAAGCAACAAAAUCUGACAUGGACACAGCACGCUUUCAACGAAAAGAUCGGUGAAAUCCAAAGGGUUUCCAGAAAAGCUUUCGGAAGAUUGAAAGGGAGAUGGAGAUGUUUGCAGAAGAGAACAGAGGUGAAGUUGCAGGAUUUGCCUGUCGUGCUCGGAGCCUGCUGUGUUCUCCAUAACAUCUGCGAAAUGAAGAAGGAAGGGAUCGAACCGGAGUUGGAAAUCGAGGUUUUCGACGACGAAACCGUGCCGGAAGAUGGUAUAAAAUCGGUGAGUUCAUCGAAUGCUAGAGAUUCCAUUGCUCAUAAUCUUUUGCAUCAUCGUUUUGCAGGUACUUCUUUUCUGUAGCUCUAUAAGUAUAUUUUAUUAACGCCGGUAAUUAGUAUCUAUUCAAAGAACACUCUUAAUUCCUUUACCACCGAUAUCUCGGUU